AUGGACAAACUAAAGUCUGUGUUGAGUGGAGAGGAGUCACGCAGAGAGGAUCGCACCGUUUUGGAGACGGUAAACGAAGCCUCCACACUGAGCUGGCCCACACGGAUCCGCGGAUUCGUCGUGUGUUUUAUUUUUGGAGUAGGAUGUACAAUUUUGGGGGUCGGCUGCCUCUUUCUCCCCAAAAUCGGAAUCACCCUCUUCAUCGUCUUCUAUACAUUUGGAAACUUGUGCACACUGGGGAGCACCAUGUUCCUGAUGGGCCCCAUGAAGCAACUGAAAAGAAUGUGUGACAAGACCAGAGCCCUGGCCACCGCCAUCAUGCUGACAUGUCUGGUGCUGACUCUCUGUGCUGCAUUCUGGUGGAAGAACUUUGGUCUGGCCUUGCUCUUUGUCAUCCUGCAGGUGUUGUCAUUCGCCUGGUACAGUCUGUCAUACAUCCCGUGUGUGAGGGAGGCCAUCUGCAAACUGGUGGCUACAUUCUGUACAUGA